CGGUGACGGUUUGCGGAGAUCGUUUAGGUGUUGAAAGUGGAACUAGUACUGAACAAAAAUGUUACCUUAUUCUUCGUACGCCGCUGCACUUGAUCAGAUUCAUAGCAUAAAUCAGGAAUUAUCACUGUUGGCUCAGAAUGGGCGAUACUUUCCUAUGGAAGCUGCUAGUUCCAAUUUUAGUGCACCUUACUUAGUCGGAUUAAAUCAAUGGUCGCUACCGUUUUCGUUUCUAAAGGCUGCCCACCGUCCAGAAAAACCUCCUUUCUCUUAUAUCGCACUAAUUGCGAUGGCUAUCAGCAGCGCGCCGAAUCAACGAUUGACGCUCAGUGGAAUUUAUAAGUAUAUAAUGGAAAAUUUCCCAUACUACCGUGAAAAUAAACAGGGCUGGCAAAACUCCAUUCGGCAUAACCUGUCGUUGAACGACUGCUUCAUAAAAGUGCCCCGAGAUAAAUCAUCUGCUGGAAAAUCAGCUCAAUCAGCGGACGGAACGGAUUCGAAUGAUAGCUCUGGAAUCAGUGGUUGUAGUGGUAGCGGGAAGGGAAGCUAUUGGAUGUUGGAUCCAUCGGCUAACGAUAUGUUCGAACAGGGUAACUAUCGCCGACGGAGAACGCGCCGCCAGCGAAACGCGAAAAUGAUCCUAAACGGCCACUUUCAGACGUCACCGUUUUCAUUGGCUUUUUCCCCGUCGUCUGUGGCAGUAGCUGCGGCGGCAGCAGAAUUCAUUAAAACAACAGCAACGACGGAUGAUUUUCAUCAUCUGAUAGGCAGCAACAAUUUGGAGGCAAACUGUUACCCGGGGGCAUCAAUUGGUCAGUCCAUGCUUUCGUGCGCUAGCCCUGGUGCUGGAUCUAGUGGUGCAUUGCAGGAAGCUUCCUCAUGUCAUUCUACAAACUCAACUUGUUCGUCUCCAGCGUUGCUAAACCACCACAAUCAGUAUCACUAUCAGGACCAACAUACAGAGCAACAAUCAGCUUCAGGUGGUCUCGCAAUUCCGACAAAUGAAAACAUGAAACGAGAUUUUGAUGAACCUAACGAUAACGGCAGCAGCUUAACGAGUUUCCCGACGAUGUCGAUAUCGACAGCCGUGACGACGUCUGACAGUGAAGGACUCCCAAUAGUCUCCAAGAGUGAGUCCUUUGUGAAUUCCACGUGCCAGCGACUCACACGAGCUGCUGAUAAUUAUUUAGAUAAUUUUCAAUCGAAUUUCCCAUCGCUGGAUGCAUUCCUGGGUGAACUGAACGAGACGAAGGUGAACGCUUGUCUCAAGAACGCCGCGGGCGGUUAUUCGUUAGAUGAACAUCAUCGUAGCUGGCGCCAGUACAGCACCGUCAUAGAGCACUCAGAAGAGGGCUGCUCGAGAAGAAAUUUAAACAGCUCGCCGCAGGUGGAACCACAACAGAGGCAUACACUCGAAAUACCUUGUAGUACUUCCGGUCCCGGCAUGGGGUCGUCAAGUGGUUUUCGCACGAAAAAUAGUGGUUUAAAGUCGAGUAAUUUUACCAUCGAAAGUAUUAUGCGUAAGCAGUAG